UCAUAAGUUAGGGCUUGGCUUCAACUUUAAACUGAAGUCAAAGCUCAAGACAGACGGAGAGAAAUCAUGGGUGACGUGGUGCUGACAGCAGAUCUGCCAGAAAGCAGCUUGAGUUCAGAAAAACUCCAGAAGAACCCAGAGGAGAACAAUCUGAAGUCCACAGACGAGAAGACCAAUGGAUCUCCAGAGACAGAAAACCAGACCGCAGGAGAGAAAGACGGCAAGACCAUUGAGGAAAGCAAGAUUCAGGAGGACCUCAAGCAAUCAGAGGACCCUCAGAAGCCUCAGGAUGAAGAGGAGGUGCUGGGGCCGAACGAUGUCACCUGUGACUCCUGCAUCGACCGGCCGUGCCGCGCCAAGAAGUCGUGCUUGACCUGCCUGGUGUCGUACUGCGAGGCUCACCUGAGGCCGCACCUGGAGAACGUGAAGUUCCAGAGCCACAGGCUGGUGGAGCCGCUGCGGGACAUCGAGAGACGCACCUGUGAGACGCACCGCUGCGCGCUGGAGCUGUUCUGCUGCGCCGACGCGUGCUGCGUCUGUCAGGAGUGCGUGGCGGAGGAGCACCGCGGACACAACGCCGUGCCCAUCGCCGAGGCGCGCAGGAAGAUUGAGAGAGAGCUCCAGGACAAACAGACAGACAUGGUGAAGACGGUCACAGCAGCAGAAAAACGCCAUUAACAAGUUACAGGUCAACACAGUGAAUAUAGAGGUAAAACACCACAUUCAAAGAAUUAAAGACUUUAACUUUACUGUACUGUCUUGGAAUGAAUAUGAAACCUA